GGACCUUGCAGAACAAAUAUUGCAGCGAUCUCUUUGGUCAAUUUUCUACAUCUGUCCCAGCAACCUUGCCAGAAACUGACGGCAUAUUUUCUGUCUCCAACUUUAACUUGAUUGACCCAGAGAGUACCCUUUCAGAGCCAGCCUUACCAGUGUUAAAGCCCACUGCAUCCAAGACACCUGUUGACCCAAAGAGUACCAAUUCAGAGCCUGCCUUACCAGUGUUAAAGCCCACUGCAUCCAAGACACCUGUUGACCCAGAGAGUACCCCUUCAGAGCUGGCCUUACCAGUGUUAAAGCCCACUGCAUCCAAGACAUCUGUUGAAAAAAGGUCCGUACCAUUGUCAACAUCUGCAUCAUCUCUAACCAUGACAGAUACAUGGGAGGUCUGCAUGAAUGCAGUUAAUGCAACAGCUACAUCAGACCAUGAAUCAAUGCAGUCACUAACGAGGCCUAACAUCUCAGCUUUUUCUCAAGUGCCUAUUCCAUCUGGUGAGGUACUGCAGGUCCUGGAGGGACUAAUGAAACCAGAAGUCCAGCUUUACAUUAGAGACUUAGUCCACUUUGUAAAGCAAAAUAAACCACAGAACUCAUUUGAGAACACCAGUGGUGACCAGCAGAGUUGGGAGCAGACUGGACAUCACCAUGACUUCACCGCACCUUACAGACAAAUUGAGUCUCAUUACAGCAAUCCUGGGGUAUCACUUGUUACUAAUUUUUAUUAUUGGGGUUCUUAUGAGUAUCCUUGGGGUUCCUAGGGGUAUCCUUUGGAUACUUGGAGGUGACCCUUGGAUUCCAGUGAGAUCCCUUCGGUAUUAAUAGCUAUUAAUUUCUAUCAUUGGGGGUACCUUGGGGUGAGCCUUGGAUUUGAAUGAGACCCCUGGAUUUUCAGUGGUUAAUAAUUUCUAUCAUUGGGGUUCGUAGGGGUAUCCUAGGGUUUCCUUGGGGUGUCCUUGGGGUACUAAGAGGUGAUCCGUGAACUCAAAUGAGACCCCUUGGGUAUUAAUAGUUAUUAAUUUCUAUCAUUGGGGUUCCUUGGGGUUCCUUGGGGUUAAAUGACUCACCCCCGCCUGUAUAAUAAAAUUUUCCGGCUGAGAUUUCCGUCUUUAAUUCCCCCAUAUUCUCCCCUAGGAGCUUGAUUAGCCUAGUACCCGAGGCCUUCCGAGUGCACUCGGAAGGCCUCGGGUACUAGGCUAGAGCUAGUUAAUAUCAAAAUCCUUAUUGUUUAUGUGUUUGAAAAUAUGGCAUCAAAAUAGUAACACGUCAAUGACCCAGAUCAACGGAGUCUUGGUAAAAUGGGUAGGCAAACCCGGUCCGGGGCAAAAUAAAAGCCGGGGCAGAUCAAUAUUUUUCAAUUUUCUUUGUGAACAAUCAACCAAUCUCAAUGAAAUUUUCAGGAUAUGUCACCAAUCAGUAUAACUGUAUUCGCUCUAAAUAUUUCUGCAAAACAAUGAGUAUUUAGAAAUUUAUCGACGAUUGUUGAUUUCCAAGUUGGUAAAAUGGGUAGGCAAACCCGGGUCGACAUUUUACGGUUUUGUGGACUUAUUUAAGAAAAAAAUGAACAUUUUACGUUCCGUAAUAGCUGCGUGUCUAUGUUAUUCCACAUGGAUAUUAUUUAUGUUAUAUUAAUGUUACUUUUCAUUACAAUAAUUCACAUAAUUAGAGAAUAAAGAUUACAGAUACUGUGCCUUAAUUUUAAUAUUAA